AUGUCGGUUAUCGACUUCAUCUUAGAACCAAUAAGUCAAAUAGUCCAUGUUCCAGUAUACUUAUUGAAAUACUUUUCUUCUUUUGUGCUAUCAUUACCAAUGACAUAUUAUUGUAGAUAUCUUCCAAAUAAUCCAUCAUUAAAGCAUAAGGUAUAUGGGUCUAUUGGAAUAACUAUGUCAUUAAUUGUGUUUGGACCAAUCACAUUUUCUAUUAUCUUUUUAGGACUUCCAAUUUAUUAUAUUGCUAAAACGUAUCCAACACGUAUUAUGGCAAUAAUAACAACGACUAUGUUAAUUCUUCAUUUAGCUUGUAUUCAUUUAUAUAAAAUACUACAUACAGGAAUGGUAUAUAAUUUAUCAUUUUCAACAGUACAUAUGAUGUAUGUUAUUAAAUUUAGUACAUUUGUAUGGUCUGUUGUUGAUGCCCAUGAAAAUAAUACUAAAUUAUGUGAACAUCGUAAACAAAUGAUGAUUAAAACAUAUCCGUCAUUACUUGAAUUCUUUGGAUAUACUUUCUUUUUCCCAGGAAUCUUUAGUGGACCAUCAUUAGAAUACAUUGACUAUAUUAAAUUUAUUACUUUAGAACAAUUUAAAGAUUAUCCAAAAGAUAAAAUGGAAGGAGAUGUUCCAAAAAUUCCAAUGAAUUUGUUCUACAAACGAAUAGGACUAGGAAUUGCUUUUUAUAUGUUAGUAUGGGCAAUAUCAAUUUUUGAGCCAUUACUUGCUGAUUACUAUUUCUUAGAAGCACCUGAAUUACAUGGAUUUUUCUUUAAAAUGUUUGCUAUUUGGUAUACUGGUGAAUUAGCAUUAGCUAAAUAUAUUGGUACAUGGUAUGUUGCUGAUGCAAUGUCGGUUAUUGGUGGAUUUGGAUUUACAACUAUUAAAAAUGGUAAAGAGGUAUGGGAUAAAUUUACUAAUAUUGAUUUCCCUGUAUUUUAUUUAAGUACGUCAUUUAGAAAUUCAAUUGUUUUAUGGAAUAGAUAUGUACAGAAUUGGUUAAGUAAUUAUGUUUAUCUUAACCUUGAAGGAACUAAAUUAGAUGCCUUUAAAACUGUUAUAACAAAUCUUGUUAGUGCAUUCUGGCAUGGAUUCCUUCCUGGGUAUUAUAUUUCAUUUGGUACUCUUGCUCUUCAUACUGAAUUAAGUAAAUUAAUUUAUAAAAAAUUAACUCCAUACAUUAUUUAUUUGACAAAGAAUAAUAAGAAAAUGAUGACAGUUUGGAAUGUAUUCUUAAUUAUCUUUACUAAUUUGUCAAUUAAAUAUAAUUUCUGUCCUUUCUUUAUGAUGACAUUUAAGGCUUCAUGGGAAAUGUUUAAACAGACUUACUUCUGUUUCCAUUUGAUUGCAUUAAUUUUGUUUAUUUGGUUAACUGUUGCACCUCCUAAAAUCCCAAAAGAAGAAAAGAAUAAAAAAGAGUAA